UUUCAUUUCUCUAUUGCAGCAAUUAGCCAGGGAAUGUAUAAAAGGCUUCAGGGAGACUCACUGGGCUGCAGAGAGAGAGAGAGAGAGGCACUUUGCACCACAGACAGAUAGCACGAAGGAAAAGCCAGAGCGAGUGAGGAAGAGAAGAGUCAGUCGCUCCUGGGGAAGGGAGAGAGAGACAGGCUGGGAGAAGGAGAACAGAAAGUGUGUGUCAAACGGAGUAAAGAAGGGGGAAAACUACCCUUCAAGCACAUUUUUAAAACUCUGGCAACUCCAGAAAGAAACGGGCUACGUUUCUGAACAUUAGAGACAAUGAAAAGCUAAAGAAAAUUUUGCAAUCUCUGCCACAGUCUCAUAGGUGCUUAGAAAUGAAAGUAGAGCUGCCUGUCUGUCACCGACUCUGAGAGGGGUGACUGGAUUAGGGACGGGGACGCCAGUUUGUGUGUGGGUUGUUUUUUGUUUUUUGUGGGGUUUUUUUUGUUUUUGUUUUUGUUUUUUUUUUUUAACAUCUUAAAUCCUGAAAAAAAAAAAAAAAAAAGGCAGCAGCUCCGAAUUGAAUGAAUUGAUGGGCACACUCCAACUGCUGGGCUGCAGAGACUGGACUUGGUCUUGCCAUUUCUGCUUCUUUGAAAGAGGAGACAACUUGGGCUUCCUUUUAAUUUAGUUUUUCUCCUUCUCCCCCCACCCCGGCCUUCCCCUUUAUCUCCCCCACCCCCUCUAUCACCACCCCCCCUUUUAAAUAAGAGGGUGAAGGGGAACCAGAGCGCACAAGGGAACUGACUGGGAGGCAGAGAAGAUGGGCAUCCUCAGCGUAGACUUGCUGAUCACACUGCAAAUUCUGCCAGUUUUUUUCUCCAACUGCCUCUUCCUGGCACUCUAUGACUCGGUCAUUCUCCUCAAGCACGUGGUGCUGCUGCUGAGCCGCUCCAAGUCCACUCGCGGGGAGUGGAGGCGCAUGCUGACCUCAGAGGGAAUGCGCUGCAUCUGGAAGAGCUUCCUCCUCGAUGCCUACAAGCAGGUGAAAUUGGGUGAAGAUGCCCCCAAUUCCAGUGUGGUACAUGUCUCUAAUUCUGAAGGAGGUGACAACAGUAGAAAUGGUGCCCAGGUGAAGAUAGUUGAUGGAGGCGAGUGCCACCUUCUUGACUUUGCCAGCCCUGAGCGUCCACUGGUGGUCAAUUUUGGCUCAGCCACUUGACCUCCUUUUACUAGCCAGCUGCCAGCCUUCAGCAAACUGGUGGAAGAGUUCUCAUCAGUGGCUGACUUCCUGUUGGUCUACAUUGAUGAGGCUCAUCCUUCAGAUGGUUGGGCAGUGCCUGGUGAUUCUUCUUUGUCUUUUGAAGUGAAGAAGCACCGGAACCAAGAAGACCGAUGUGCAGCAGCCCACCAGCUUCUGGAGCAUUUCUCCUUGCCGCCCCAGUGCCGAGUUGUGGCUGACCGCAUGGACAAUAAUGCCAAUGUAGCUUAUGGUGUAGCCUUUGAACGUGUGUGUAUUGUGCAGAGACAGAAAAUUGCUUAUCUAGGAGGAAAGGGUCCCUUCUACUACAACCUUCAAGAAGUCCGGCGUUGGCUGGAGAAGAAUUUCAGCAAAAUGAAAUCUAGAUUAGCUGGUUGAAGGUAUGAUUGUAAAAGAGUUGUUUUUUUUUUAAUUAUGUAAAGAAAAGGAAACUAAGAACUGAAUCCACUAUUUCAACUGAGUCUCAUUGUCUCCCUGAAAGACAGGAAUUUACGUGUCAGAAGAACAUAAGCUUCUAACAUCUCCAUACUUCUUUUACCACUCAAAUGGCAUUUGGCUAAAUAGUAGCCCCAUCACAUCUCUUCCUAGUGAAAAGCCCUGAGUAAAAAGAUCCCAAGAUGUAGAAGAAGAAACCCUAUUUCACAUGUAUUCAUCUGCCUUGGGAAAGAAGUAAUACAGCUGAUGGAAGCUUUGGGACCUGAAGAACAGACUUACCUGAAUAACUACUACGUUAGGGAACUAUUGUCCUUGUUAGUACAAGGGGUAUUGCCUAGGCUUUAUUCAGCAUGGAUAGAGCCCAACUGGAAAAUUCCCAAAUAUUUACUUAUGAUGAAUCCUUGAGUCCAGUCCUUGUGCUUGGCACUUCUUGUUUAACAAUGUUCAAGUAGUUUCUGCUGUUUUAGUUUCUAGCCAUCUGGUGCUCUCUGCCAGUCUAAAUAUCCCAGAACUCACAGAUGUAUUGGUAGAUACCAAGAAUGAUCCCUGGAGGGUUAGAUUAUCUGAAAUCUGAGGGUUACUUUUUAGGCAGGUGGGAAAGUACUAGAAGAAAAUCAAAUUGACAAGCUACGAAAGGAUGCAGAAAGAUGAGGAGGCUUCACAGAGUUUAACUUUGAAGCUGUGGAGAGUGGGACUAAUUUGUUAGCCACCGAAACAUUGAAACAUAAAACAUACAUGGGCCAGAAAAAGAAGCAGCUCAACUAUAAUUAGCAUUGAGAAUAUACAUAUGAAAUCAAUAUAUUUAUCAUAUACUCCUGAACUAAGGGAGAAAGGGGGAUCGAAAGAGGGAAAAAAAACCACACUUCAUUAUUUGUAAUUAUGACAAUUUUUUGGUAGAAAUAAUUACUUUUUGAAACAUGUUUGUGGUAUGUAUAUUUUCAGUUGAUUAAUUAUGCCCUGUGAUACUGAUUAAUUGUAAAACCAAUAGGUCCA